UGUAUUAAUCUGUAAAUAUAUAUAAAUUUUUAGAUAAACUUAUGUUUUAUGUGUGAAUAUGAACAAAAUAAUACAAAAAUUAGAUAAAAUCUAAGCAGUAAUGUUGAAAACAUGGUGUAAAUUAACUAAUACGUUUAAGAUAAAAAAGAAUUUAUGGGUUCAACCACUAACAAAAUGCUCUACAGUGACGAAAAGGAAUAUCAAAAAUAAUCUUGUGCAGUUUUCAAAAUACAAAGCUAAAAUUUUACAACUAGUUAAUACAAGUAAAUUGGACGAUUUAACACAAUUCAUAUCGGCAUCACAUGCUGAAACAUUAAUAUCGAAGCGUACCAGCAACGGACUUUAUAAAUCAUUAAAUGAUGUUUUAUUAAAGACUAAAAUAGAUGUCGAUAGUUGGAAUAAUUUUUGUACUUCAUUCAUUAAUCAUUACAAGAAGCAGCAAUGGAAGAACUUGAUAAAAUCUGACAUAAACACAACAGCAAUGCCAGCAACGCUAUUGGGUAUAUAUGUAGGACCCACUGCAAUAACUUGGUCAUUAGUAGAUCGUAAUUUUAACGUGUUAGCUUGGGAUUCCAUAAUUUGGUGGAAUAAGUUUCCGAAAUAUGAUGUAAUCAAAUUGGUACGACUUUUUGUUGAACAAUUACCACUAUGUAGUUCUUAUGUGAUGGAAGAACUUAUAAUUAAUAGAUCACGUGGUACUUCAUACAUGAUGCAACAUCAGAUAAUCAGUUCUAUUGUAAGCUGUAUUAAAUUAAUACAGUAUCGAAGAACAAAUAAUUCGGAUUCAUUAGCAAAUAUUCUGUACAUAUUAAAACCUUUGACGACAGCGCGUUUUUUUAACCUUAUGGUUGCAUCUGAAGUAAUUGCUGUAGAUUACUUUAUUAAGAAAAUACUAGAUGAUACCAAGACAGAUAAUGAAUUGUUACGGGAUAUACACAUAGCCUAUGAAUUAAAAGAAAAAUAUAUGGGAAAAGUCCCAGGUGAAAGAGAACAGAUGGGCAAGUCUCUAUUGACAACUUUAGCUUGUUUACAUAUUAUUAGAAAUUGUAUGUCUUGAUGUAUAAUCUAAUUUUAUUAAUAAAAUUUGUUAUUGUUUAUUAAUUAAAAAUUUAAUUUAUACGAAAAAUGUGAAUAUCGCAAAAAUUUUAAUAAGAAAACCACUAGGUACGAGAAUAAUAAAAAAGAGAAUGAAAAAGAAAGGAAAGAUGUUACUAUGUUACACGUGGAAGAAAUUAAGAAAUGAAAUAUAGCGGCUUACCUAAACAAAACCAAAUUAUAAAUGUAAAAAUCAUGUUUUUAUUAGCAGAAAGCAUUUUGUUACUUAUGUUCGACAAAAAAAUCAGAUGUAGAUUAAUUUCGUGUUAGUACACUAUCUUAUAAUAUUAUUUUAUUGUAUAAAUAGAUAUAAAUAAAUUAAAUUCAAUAUAAA